GAAGGAGUUCUUUCACGCCGCGAUGCUGGAAAUGCCCUCUCGGCUCAUGGAGCUCGCCGCCCACGAGCUGAACUGCGCCCUCGCCGCGCUGGCGUCGCUGGGUGCCGUGGAGCACAAGUUCUUCGUGCUCGUGGGCCGGUCGGCGCUGGCGCGGCACAGGACUUUCCCGCCUGGCCAGCUCGCGGCCUUCCUGACCAUCCUGUCCGAGAUGCGGCUGGUGCACAACGACCUUUUCGUCGCGUCGGCACAGACGAUCGUGACGCGCUCCCGGGAGCUCCGGCCGGUGGAGAUGCUGAGGGUGCUCCGAGCGUUCGCCAAAUGUGGCGUGCAGAGCGACGCGCUGUGCCAGGCCAUGGGCGAGGAGGUCGCCACCAGGUUCAAGGACCGGGGCGCGAAUGCCGGGUUCAAGGUCGAGGACCUCUGCGAGAUUUCGUGGCUGUUCUGCGUGAUGCAGUCCUACCACGAGCCAGUCUUCAGGCUGAUGUUCCACCAGCUCGGGCAGCACCCGAAGGUUUCCGCGGACGCGCUCUGCAUGCUCUACGAGAGCCACCUGGUGCUGGACACCGAGUUCAAGGCAAACUACACAAAGUACCGGCUCAGUGACGACCACCUGUCGAAGCUGCGGGACCACUACACCAAGAACCGCCUGGACUCCCGGCGGUGCACGGACAAGUGCCGCAACGACGUGGUGGCCGUUCUGAAGUCG